AUGACUGAAGAGAAGGAAAAAUCCGUUUCUCUAUUCACUGGAGAUGUAAGUGUUGCAUCAGAAGGAGUGGAGCAGAAACUGCCUGAAUUUCGAGAGGAAAACUCCACUCUGGUGAAUAAAGUUAAUACUACUACUACUGCUGAAAAAAAGGAAAUCGAAGGUGAAGUAAUGCCCUCAACUACCACCACGGAGAAACAAAAAGAAAUUAAUGAAAAGGCACCAGUGAGUUCAACCACAUCUCAGAGGAAAGAUAUUGUAAGAGAUCGAAUUGGGGUUCAAAAACGUCCUAAAUUUGUAAAAUGCGAGGGAUGUGGAAAAGAUAUUCCUAUUGAUGAAUGGCCUGACCACCGUGAUCGAAUUAAUUCUGUGGAAUUUGUAACAACACAUAUGAGUAGUUUUAAAAGGUUUUUGGUUACAUUAUUUAUUGAUUUCUUUAUGUGGCUUCUUAUGAAUGUUUACUUUCGUGAAGUUACCGUUGUAAAUAAGGAAAAUAUUCCAAAAACAGGAGCUGUUAUAUUUUACGGAAAUCACCAAAAUCAAUUUAUUGAUGCUAUGAUGAUUCGUGCCAAUUGUGGUAGACCUGUACGUUUUGUGAUGGCGGAGAAAUCUUUUCAUCGGCCGAUUAUUGGCCAAUUUGGUCGAAUGAUGGAUGCGGUGCCGGUGAUUAGACCGCAGGAUGUGCCACUCACACCGGGUGAGGGAAUGUUAACUCGCAUGGAGGGAGAUGUGAUUUACGGGGAAAACACGAAAUUUCAAACCUGUCUUGCAGUAGGAGAUGUUAUUAUUUGGUUAAAGGGAAAUUUAAAAUGUUCAGCACAAGUACAUCGUAUUCGUUCAGAUACAGAAGUCCAACUAACAAUGCCAUUAUUACCAGGAAAUAUUGUUUCUCAACCAGUACCAUUUAAAAUAUCACGUCGUAUUGAUCAUUCCACCAUGUACUCUAGUGUCUAUCAAACAUUACAGAAUAAUCAAUGUAUUGGUAUAUUUCCUGAAGGAGGAUCUCAUGAUCGCACAUCACUUCUUCCAUUGAAAGCGGGUGUGGCAUUAUUUAGUCUUGGGGCAGCAGAACGUGGAAUAAGUGUAAAAGUAGUACCAUGUGGUUUAACUUAUUUCUAUGGACAUAAAUUUCGUAGUCGUGCACAUGUGGAGUUUGGUGAACCCAUUACACCUUCUGAAGAAUUGGUUACACUCUUUAGCACUAAUAAACGUGAGGCGACAGGUAUUUUUCUGGAACAAUUAAAUGCGGAAUUACGUAGUUUUACCAUUAAUGUUCCUAAUUGGAGUGCUUUAAAUUUUCUUCACGGAUUUCGUCAAUUAUAUCAACCACAAAAUUGUAUUCUUGCCACCCAAGAUUAUCUUCGACUUACAAGACGAUUAAGUAAAAUAAUGGAAGAACAAAAAGAUAAUCCUGAAUUUAUAGAUUUUCGAAAUAAAGUAGAAAAUUAUCAAGAUUAUUGUAAUGCUUUGCUUGUACGUGAUAGUCAAGCUGCAACUCUUGAAAAAUUAGGAUCCAGUGAGUCAUCACAACUACAAUUACUAUUUCGUCGUUCUUUUACGCUUUUCUUGAUGGCUGUUAUUCUUGUACCUUUUUUUGUGGUAGGUUUACCUAUUGGAAUGUUGGCAAGCUAUUUAUCAGAACGUCAUAGACGUAAAGCUCUUUCUGAAAGUAGUGUUAAAGUUGUUGGAGCUGAUGUAAAAGGUUCAUAUAAGUUACUUGUUGGUUUUUUUACAGUUCCUAUCGUCUUUUCGAUUGUAUCACUUAUUACAUACAUCUACACAGAUCUUCGCACAGCUUUAACAGUUUCAUUUAGUCUUCCUAUGGCUAUGUAUGUCUCUCUUCUUAUUCUACAAGAGGCUGUAAUGGAAAUGAGGGCGGCAUUACCACUGUUUAUGUCCGUCAUAUCUAAACAUAAACAAUUCAGAAGACUGUACGAACGUCGUCAGGCAUUAGUAGCAUUAACAAAGGAACUCGUCUCAAAGUGGGAUCCAGAACUGCAGCAAGAAGUACAAAGUUACGUGAAGGAAUCAAAGGAUGACAUGAAGCGGCGUGAACCUUCAUUGUUUUCCCUUCGUCACAGUGGUCUAAGACGUCUAGCAGAUAAGACACGAUGA